GGCCGUUGGGGCGCGGAGCGCGGAAGGGGAUGGCGGGCUCUCCGGAGUCUCUCUCGGGACAGGACGUGGGAUCAUUUGCAUAUCUUACAAUUAAAGACAGAAUACCGCAGAUCCUAACGAAGGUAAUUGAUACAUUGCAUCGGCACAAAAGUGAAUUUUUUGAGAAACAUGGAGAGGAAGGCACAGAAGCCGAGAAAAAAGCCAUCUCUCUUCUGUCAAAACUACGGAAUGAACUGCAAACAGAUAAAGCAAUCUUCCCCUUGGUGGCGCAGUUUGUGGACACGGACAUAUGGAACCGGUACCUGGAGUACCAGCAGAGCCUUAUAGCUGAGGACAACGGGCAGCCCCGGUGGUUUUACUCACCAUGGCUGUUUGUUGAGUGCUACAUGUACCGCAGGAUUCAUGAAGCCCUGAUCCAGAGCCCACCAAUCAGCGACUUUGAUGUGUUUAAGGAAUCCAAAGAGCAGAACUUCUUUGAGUCUCGGGAAUCCAUCGUCACCCUGUGUACUUACCUGCAGGAGGUGACGAGGACGCUUGGCGAACUAGAUGAAGAUCAGCUUAAAAACGAGUUCUUCAAGUUCCUGCAGGUUUCUCUGUGGGGGAACAAGUGCGAUCUUUCGCUGUCGGGAGGGGAAAGCAGUGCUCCGAAGAGGAGUGUCCUGGAUUCCCUGGAAGACCUCAAACCCUUCAUCUUGGUGAACGACAUGGAGCAGCUGUGGUCAUUGCUUAGCAAUCACAAGAAAACAAGAGAAAAAGCAUCCGUGAGGGUGGACAUUGUUCUGGAUAAUUCUGGGUUUGAACUUAUUACCGAUCUAGUUCUAGCUGACUUCCUGUUGUCCUCUAAACUGGCUACUGAGAUCCAUUUUUACGGGAAAACGAUCCCUUGGUUUGUGUCUGAUACCACCCUCCAUGAUUUUCACUGGCUAGUCGCGCAAGUCAAGCACUCUGCUCAUCAGUGGACGGCCCAGUGCGGGGCUGCCUGGGAAAGUCAUGUGAAGACAGGCAGUUGGGUCUACCAGGACCACCUGUUUUGGACGCUGCCUCAUGAAUACUGCGCCAUGGCUCAGGUCGCCCCGGACCUAUAUGCAGACCUCCAGAAGGCAGAUUUAAUUCUCUUCAAGGGCGAUUUGAAUUACAGGAAGUUGACGGGGGACAGAAAAUGGGCAUUUACCACCCCAUUCCACCAGGCUCUCAAAGGCUUCCACCCCGCGCCUCUCUGCAGUGUGCGGACCUUAAAAGCUGAGGUUCAGGUUGGCCUGCAGCCAGGGCAAGGGGAAGCGCUCACAGCCUCCGACCCUGGCUGGCUUACCACGGGCACGUAUGGAAUCUUCCAGUUUGAUAGGUCUCCCUGACUGGAUCUUGGGACUCUGCCUUGUGUAGGAAAGUCUGGUAUACACUUUGCAAAAUCUCCAGAUACAUAUGGAGUGAGCUUUAUCCUGGGGCUCUGGGCAGUGAGAGCCCCCAGGCUCAUGUCCAUUCACACAGGGUGAUAGUUGACAAAACACCACCCACCCCUCGUUUACGGGGGG